GGUACAUGCUGCUUCAUUUCGGGUCCUUUUGGACAUCGCGGUGGUGAGCAGGCUUACAUCUUGGUCUGCCGUCUUACUUGGGCUGUUUACAGUUCCAAACUCUACAAUGUCUCUUCGAGCGUGUGGAAGGCUUUACAGAGACAGGACUUGCUUUUAUGGCAACGGACGUUGGCUUACGUUCUGCAAAAUGCGGCAUGUUACAAUCCUACUUCGGAUACUCAAACAGGGAGAGCGAUUGAUCGCGUCGUGUGGCCUUUGCUCGUUUCGGCGAGCUUUGUGUUGCGCCCGGUUGGUGCCGGAUAUUUCAGUUCGCUCUGCGUGCCUGUCUCUUCGGGGACAAGGGUGGCCACUCUGUGGCGUUGCAGUUGGGACAAACCAUCCAGCAUACAACACUUUGCCCUUUUUUUUAUUCCUUUUUCUUUUUUUAAAGCUUUGCCUCUCGACUAUGACAUGACAUGA